UCCGCCUCGCCAACUGCGCGGGCGGGCCCGGCUGGGCUGGGCUCCCUGCGCCGCUCCCCGCCCUCGCCUUCCAGAGCCCGCCGCCGGCCCCAAAGCGCCUCCGCGUCCCGGCAGCGGAUCUUGUCAGACCAACCUGGUUUCCUUCUUUGAUCAAGUGACCAGUUUACUGGAUCGUGGGAACUCUGUCGAGGCGUGUGCUGCUGCUGUUGAGCUCCUGAAUAGAGGACACAAUGCCAGCCAGCCUGGUGAAGGUGAAUGGGACCGAGGUCUCCGUGGAGGGCCCAGACAAGACUGUGGUGAACAUCAACAUCAGCCAAGAGUCUUCGCUGUCCUACCUGGUCAAAGCCAUGGCAGCCGCAGGCCGUAACAUGGCCAGACAGAAGAAACCUGCCUCCGAGACCCCUGAGCCUUCGGCCCCUGCCAGAGUCCAGUGCACUGGGGAGCAGAAAGUGUUGGGGGCGGCCCAGAUCUUGCUUGGGCUCAUGUGCCUCGGCCUUGGGGCUGUGCUCUGUCUCUUCUACGACUAUCUCCGAGCAAUAGGAUCGGGGGCCCCCUUCUGGAUGGGGAGUCUGUUUGUCGUGUCCGGUAUCUUAUCUGUGCUGAGCGAGAGACGCGGUGGCGGCUGGGUCUUCCUGGCCACCUUCUUCAACCUGGCCAGUGUUGUUGCUGGCUGCGUGGCCUUGUCCGCGGGCGUGGCAGACGUGGACUAUCCUCCUUCCUACUGGAUGUGUGACGAGGAUGAGUACCGAGCGUGGGAGGGCACCCAAAGGCCCGGCGAUGACUGGAGACUGGAAAGAUGCAAGAACUUUUUGACUGUUGUGCAUGGAGUUCAGAUCCUGCUGCUGAUUUUCUGUGUGGCUGCCCUGGGAAUCGCCCUCUUCUGCUUUGGAUUUGGCCUCCGUCUUCUCUGCUGCAGGCUGCGGGCUAACAGCCAGGACUACGUUGCAGUGGGGGAUCCAGAAGUGCCCCCUCCGUACGAGGAGCCGUCCCAAGAGAAGACCAGUGCCUGACAGGGCUGGGCUCACCCUGCACCGUGAGGGAGCCCCCACACCCAAUUGUCUCCAGCACUUGCUGCCUUUCUCUGCUGCUUGCCUGCGGGGGAGGGGCUCUCCCCCUCCCCAAUCCAGGUAUGCCACGCUGUUCCCUCUGCCCCUGUCCUUUGGAGCCCAGAGUUGGUUCCAGCGCCGACACGCUGUUCCCUCUGGAGCACAAGGUGCUGUCUCCGGUCGCACUCAGCGCUCUCCUGUCACGUUGAUUAAAGUGGAUUCUGUCUUAA